AUGGAAGCAACCUUGGACUACAUCGGACAGGUACCACCUCGCAGUUUGAUACUUGCAGCUGUCUUUCUCCGUUUGGUUCUUAUUGCCGUGGCGGAGGUGCAGGACUAUCUUGCCGAGGUGCCCUACACCGAUGUGGAUUACCAAGUUUUCACUGAUGCUGCGGAGUCCAUUGCGCUCGGGCUCAGCCCCUACGAGGGGCGAACCGCCUUGCUUGCGGCUGAAGCAACUCGCUAUCGAUACACGCCGCUUCUCGCCUUUCUUCUGCUGCCAAAUGUGUGGCUCCACAAGGCCUGGGGCAAGCUGCUAUUCUCUGGUCUCGAUGUGGCUGCGGCAUGCCUGUUGCAGGGCAUCUUGCAGCACAAACGUUCCAAGAGGAUCAGCUUGAGCUUAGCAUUGUGGCUCUUCAACCCCUUCUGCUUUACCAUCUCGACGAGGGGCAGUGGCGAGUCAGUCGUCGUGCUUCUGAUUUAUGCUGUCAUCUACUUCUUGGAGGUGCGGAAGAAUUGGCCGUUGGCGGCUCUGUGUUAUGGGAUUGCUGUCCACUGGAGGAUCUAUCCCAUCGUUUAUGCACUUCCCAUCGCACUGUUUCUGCUGGGCUUCGGGAGAGCCCGCGAUUUCUUGCAGCUGGUGGGCUUUGGGUGUGUGGCGGCUGCGGUCUUGCUUGGGCUGGGUCUCGCAUGCUACAAGCUACUCGCCAGUGCGACGAACUGA